CACCGUGGCUAACGGAAGGGAUCUCCGAGUGUGGGGACUUCUUGGAGAGUUUUGUGCCGCGGGACGGCGGCGGCCGUAGGCGGGUGCGAUGCUGACCCCCGCGUUCGAUCUCAGCCAGGACCCUGACUUCCUGACCGUCGCCAUCCGCGUGCCGUACGUCCGAGUCUCCGAGUUCGACGUCUACUUUGAGGGGGUGGACUUCAAGUUCUACGCCAAGCCGUACUUUCUCAGGUUGACCCUCCCUGGGAGAAUUGUAGAAAAUGGAAGCGAGCAAGGGUCCUAUGAUGCAGAUAAAGGAGUUUUUACCAUUCGAUUGCCCAAAGAAACACCUGGCCAGCAUUUUGAAGGGCUGAACAUGUUAACUGCUCUCCUGGCACCAAGAAAAUCCAGGACAGCAAAGCCUCUUGUGGAAGAAAUAGGUAUUUCAGAGGUUUCUGGGGAAGUUGAAGAUGAUGAUGAUGAAGAGUUCGAUUGGGAAAUUGAACAGACUCCCUAUGAAGAGGCAUCAGAAAGUCCUUUGAAUCCACAGUGCCACUAUGGAUUUGGGAACUUACGGUCAGGAGUGGUUCACCGAUUACAGGAUGAAUUGAGUGAUGUUAUUGAUAUAAAGAAUCCAGAUUUUACUCCUGCAGCUGAACGAAGACAGAAACGCCUGGCUGCUGAGCUGGCCAAGUUUGAUCCAGAUCAUUAUCUAGCGGACUUUUUUGAGGAUGAAGAGAUUGAACAGAUUUUGAAGUAUAAUCCUUGGUGGACUGAAGCAUAUUCCAGAUUGAUGGCCUCUUUGGGAAAGAGCCAGGAGCAGGAAACGCAUGCUGUGUCAGUAUCUUUUUCUGAAGAAGAGAAAUACCAGCUGCGAAAAUUUGUCAACAAGUCUUACCUGCUGGACAAGAGAGCCCUUCGUCAUGUGUACUAUAGUUUGAUUGACAUCCUCCUGGCAUACUGCUAUGAGACACGUGUCACUGAAGGAGAGACGAAUGUUGAAUCAGCAUGGAAUAUCAGAAAACUGAGUCCAACGCUCUGCUGGUUUGAGACAUGGACUAAUGUUCAUGAAAUCGUGGUGUCUUUUGGAAGAAGAGUUCUGUGCUACCCGCUUUAUCGCCAUUUCAAGCUGGUGAAGAAGGCCUACAGUGACACCAUAAAGAUACUGCAGCUAGGUAAAAGUGCCAUUUUAAAGUGUCUUCUGGAUAUUCACAAAAUUUUUCGAGAAAAUGACCCAGCUUACAUUCUAAAUGAUCUCUACAUCUCAGACUACUGUGUGUGGAUUCAGAAAGCCAAGUCCAAAAAGUUGGCAGCUCUCGCAGAAGCCUUAAAGGAAGUCUCCCUGACAAAGGCGCAGCUGGGACUAGAACUGGAAGAGCUAGAAGCAGCAGCACUGCUUGUCCAGAAGGAAGAAGCCGCGUGCCAGGCAGCCCCGUCCGUUCCCGGGCAGCAGCCACUUUGCUCCAGCCCAGAGGCAGGCGAUGCCGAGGAGUCGGAAUCGGAGGGGUCAGAGGCCAGCAGCACUGUGUCGUCGGAAACCGAAGGCUCCGAUUCAGAACCCGAGGAGCACAAAGGUGGUCCCUCCGAGUCGGGGAAUUCUUUGGAAGGCCCCUUUCUCGAACAGAGCAGCGCCCUGCUUCUUGCUAGUGGUGGGGUGUGCAGAAACCCGGCCACGCAGCAGUCUGACGUUAGCCAGCUAAAGCCUCUUGCCUCUCGCCGGGCUCCUGGAGAGGGCAGGCCUCUCAUAGAGGAGCUUGGAGAGCGCCUGGAGACAGCCGUGCAGGUGUCCAAGGCCGAGGGUGCUGCGGCUGGAAGCCAGGGCAGUGUGCAGGAGAGAGGGGCGCAGCAGAUGCCAAGUGGCUGACUGCAGGUGGCUGUACUCAUUGUGCAACUCGGCCCGACUUGGUUCACCUGUGAGUCAGAAUGCCCUGCUCUCACUUGCCUGCUGUAGACAAUAUUGUGUUUCCGUAAGCUGAUUCUGAGGCCAUUUGGUUUCCUUGUUGGAAUUCUAAAAUUAAAGUUCUAAAGUCAUUUUACCAAAUGUGUAGCUGAUAAAGAUGAAGAUAAUGGCGUACUGCUGCCAGAAGCUCGGGACUGUAGAGCCCAUGGAUAUGUGCAGCCUCACUGAGGUCUACUCGACAGACAGCAGACCGCCCACACUGCAAGAGUGUGGUGCCCCAGGGAAACCCUCGCCACCAUCCAGGCCGUGACCUCCGCAUCUCCUCCACGUGUCCCCAGGCCCCUUCGUUAUCCCUCCCGGCCACCGGCCUUCCCCAGGCACCCGCUGCUCAGCUUUCUGUCCCUGCACAUGAGUGUGCCUUUCCUACCACCGUACAUGGAUCGAUCAUGCAGUAGUAUGUGCUCUUUUUCUGGCAGACAUUUCCACUCUGUGCAGUUAUUUUGAGAGGCAUCCCAUGUGUCAAGAGUUUCGUUGUGUUUCAUUACUGAGUACUAUUUUCUUGAAUUGAUUUGUCCAUUCACCUACUGAUGCUGUUUGGACAGUUUCCAGUUUUUGACUGUUACAAAUAAAACUGUUAGGAACAUUUGUGUACAAGUCUUUGUGUGGGCAUAUGCUCUCAUUUCUCUAAGGUAAAUAUCUAGACACAGAAUAGCUGAGCCGUAUGGUGGGUAUAUGCUGAACAUUUGAGGAAACUGUGGAAUUGCUUUCCCCCAUACCUAUACCAUCUCCUUCCUUCCUCCCUCCCUCCCUCCCUCCCUCCCUUCUUCCUUUCCUUCCAGCAGAGUGACAGAGAAAGAAGAGAAAGAGACCUUCCACCCACUAGUUCAUUCCCCAAAUGCCUACAACAGCUGGGGCUGGGCACUGCUGAAGCCAGGAGCCAGAAACUCCAUCCAGGUCCCAUGUGGGUGAUAGGGGCCCAAAUACUUAAGGCAUCAUCUGCUGCUUCCCAGGCACAUAAGCAGGAAGCUGGAUCAGAAGUGGCGUAAUGGGGCUGCUCUUUUGUCAUAGCUGGUAAAGCUGCAGGCAUCCCAUAUGGGCACCAGUUUGAGACCUGGCUGCUCCACUUCCAAUCCAGCUCCCUGCUAAUGUGCCUGGGAUAGCAGUAGAAGAUGACCCAAGUGCUUGGGCUGCUGCACCCACAUGGGAGAUCCAGAAGAAGCUCCCAACUCCUGGCUUUGACCUGGCCCAGCCCUAGCCAUUGCAGCCAUUUGGGGAGUGAAUCAGUGGAUGAAGAUCUCUCUGUUUCUCUCUCUCUCUAUCUCUGUGUGUGUAUAACUCUUCCAAGUAAAUAAAUAAAUAAAAUCUUUAAAAAAAAAAAAAAAAGGAACAGCAGCAGCAGUGGAGCAGCCAGACUCAAACUGGCACUCUGAUAUGGGAUGUGAGCGUUUCAACUAGCAGGUUAACCCACUGCACCACAAUGUAUGCCCACCUGUACCAUUUUCUGUUCCCACCAUCAGAGUGUGAGAUUCCUAGUUCUUUUCAGCAUUUGGUACUAAGAUGUAGUGGUAUCCCUUGGGGCCAGCACCGUGGCGUAGUAGGUUAAUCCUCCACCUGUGGCGCCAGCUCCCCAUGUGGACACUGGUUCGAGUCCUGGCUGCUCCACUUCCAAUCCAGCUUUCUGCUAUGGCCUGGGAAAGCAGUGGAGGAUGGCCCAAGCCCUUGGGCUGCUGCACCCACAUGGGAGACCGGGAAGAGGCGCCUGGCUCCUUGCUUCAGAUUGGCACAGCUCCAGCCAUUGCGGCCAUUUGGGGAGUGAACCAAUGGAGGGA